AUUUCCGUUUCCAGUCCGUGGAAAGUUAUGCCGAUUUGCGAAGAGUGGGCAGCUGCUGACUGUCUCUAGCGGAGAGCAGAGCAGGGCGCCUCCCCGUCAACUUUACUCGGGAACAGAAUAGACUGAUCGGCGGGAUGGGGGACAUCGAGGAUCCGCGGAGCAACCGAGCACCACAGACCGUACUUCAGUCCGUUCUCCCCACCAAAGAAUUCAUCUCCUCUCGAAAAGGACUGUUGCUUCUCGGUGAAGUGGCGCUUUCAUUCAUCAGCUUCGUGUGUUUCGCCGCCUCAACAGCAGCUGCUUUCGUCACAGCUCCGCUCAUUGAGUUCUUGGCAGCUCUUUUCCUGCUGUUUGCUUAUUCUACAAAGUUCAACGAGAGAUUUAAAGGCUUCCACUGGCCUCUUAUGGAUUUCCUGCGCUGUGUCAGCGCCUCCAUCAUCUUCUUCAUCGUCUCUAUAAUGUCUGUGUCAAAGUAUCCCGAUGGAGCUUCAAAAGCAGCUGGGGUUUUUGGUUUCAUUGCCACAAUCGUCUUCGCCCUGGACUUUUAUUUCAUCUUUAAUGAACUGGCCAACUUUCUCAAGGGAGGAGAGUCUAGUGAAGAUCCUCCAAACACACAAGAUGAUGAUUCAGACUCUGACUCCGACUAAAGCUGUGAUUGUAUCCAGAAUCCUUGCGCCUGACCACUACAGUGCCUGAAAACAAAAGACAGGCUUUGGUAUUACUUUUUAUUGUUUGUUCGGAGGUCCUGUACAAACGUUUUGGUCAUACUUUUUUGUGACUUAAAUAACACAAUCUAUUCAAAUGUUACAUGAACAGUGGAGUUUUCGAUAUGCGUCCAUACAAUCUAAGCUCCUCCCAUUCGAUUUCCCCAAAGCUGUGAAUUAUUAUUAUUCCAGAAAUGUAUAGCUUUACAUUAGCCGGUUUUUGGAAAAAAAGACAGUGUUAUGCCAUUUAUGGUAUUCAUGCGCUGCCUAUAAUGGCUUUUGUUUACUUCUAGAAUGAUAGUAGUAGUUGAGUUUUUACAAAAUGUACGAGUGUUUUUCUUUGGGAGCUCAAUGUGAGUAUGUUUACCAAUUGAAACUAAUCUGGGAGAAUAUUUUCUCAAUGUACAUUUUUUUAAAUUGCUUUUUUUAAAAAUAUGGUGUGAUGAAGCCCUUUAUUGAGAAUACAAUAAUACUAUUUUUAAAGUUUACAUGAAUUAUGAAACGAAAAGGUGGUUGGCUGGCCAUGAUCGCCUAUCUCAUUUCUGUAGGUCUACAAAUUCUUUUAAUGUCAAGUUAAUGCCAAUGAUUUGCCAAAGUACUGCAAAAACAAGAUUUUGCAAGAAAAAACAGGAUUUGUCACCAUUCUCACCUAGAAUUGAACUAUUUUUUGUAGUAGCACUGCUUGGCUAUUGAACCUGUACAAUAAUAAACAUGAGCUUCAGCAGUGCUUUUACUAUGGUAAAAAUAUUACUGUAUAAGCUUUACUAUAGUAUCCAAAGGCAUGCUGUAUGUAACCACUCUCUGGUGUUUUGUAUGAAGAGUGGGUAUGCUUUAAGAACUCUUUUGCAAACAUGCACUGUCAGAUUGACACAUUAAUAAAUCAAUUUUGUGCA